UUUUCAGUCUUCUUUGGCCUCUUCUCCCAGGCAGCAAACAGGACCCGAGGAAAUGGCCGCAAGUUGUACCAGAGGAGGUUUAGAUUAGACAUGAGUGUAUUUUUGAUCCUUGUACAUAAGCUGAACAAAUGAUUGUUCAAGUAUUUAUAUAACGCAGCUUCUGAAUGAAGGAUGUGGUCAGUUUUUCACAGUAAAGCUUCUGAGAGCUGACACUCACUAUCAGAAGAGCAGACCCAUGGAGCACUAUCUUACCCAGCCUGUCAUCCUUCCUGUGGAGCCAACCAGCUUUAUUGUUGUAUGUUACCCCUAACAGUCAAGUGAGGAUGGAAGCACAUGGAGAACUUUCUCCUGGGCUCAAUUAGCAGCAGGAUCACUAGAAAAUAGUUUAUUUCAGCUGUGGUACAAUUUGGUAACUUGGUUUCAGGUUUAAAUGCAUUCUGAAUGACUACUUUGCAGUUGAGUUUGUGUUGUUUCUGUUGCAAUGGUGUCCUCUUUUACCUCCUGUCUGCCUUGCUUGGCCAAAGGCUCAAAACUGAGAACACGUGGCGGAAGGCCUGACCCACUUACAGUAGUGAGAGGCAGAUCUUCACCCUGCAGGUAUUUUGUCUGUAGAAUAAGGAAAAACCAGGCAGUAGAGUUUGCUGCCACACUUGAAUUCAUUGCACUGUUUGGCUACUUUUUACCCAGAGCAUGUGCACAGGAUGGAGCUGUUGGUGCUGCCAGCAUCUCUGCCAGCAAAAGCAUUUCCUGUGAGCCAGACCGGCUCCUGUUUCUUGGAAGACUUGUUUAAUGAAGAUCUGCUUGUGGUGGCAGCAGCACACUCGCAGGAAGGCCCCAUGUGGGAGGUGUCCCUGGGAUGAGCCCGACCCUUAUCUUGUGAGCCAGCUGCAAGGGGACCAUCCGGGAGCUCAGCUAUGCAGCUGCAAAAACUCCUGCACUGGCUGAGCUGCCUUAGGACCUUUCUGUUGUAUUCACUGUAAAACCAGAAAGCGGGCAAGGAUUCAUCCACCUUGGUAAGUCAACAAAACUACCUUCUGCUUGUUCUUUCUUUUCCCCCCCCCUUUCAUUCUGACAGACUGCAUGGAAGAGCAGUGCCUUGUUGCAGGCAGGUGCAGUGGUUCUCUUAAAUAAGUUAGAGCAGUUUGUGUUCAGAGAUGGUGGGAGGCUGCAAUUCCUCUGCUGUAUCAUUGACUCCUGCCUCUCAGAAGCAAAAACUGGCAGACUAUGUUUAACCUGUGGCAAUAGUACAUUUAUUUCUGAAUCUCCUCUUGCAGUUUGCAUGAACAAAGCUUUGCUUACAGGUGUAUCUUGGAGCUCUGAUAAGACAUGAACAGUUCCACAUUCCAGCUUUUUACUUCCCAUCAUCAGUUUCCUGGCUACCCUGGUAAUGCUCUACAAUGUAAUGCUGAAAGUAUCAGCAACUCUCAAAUGCUUCUGCAGAUGAGUGGAAAUGAAUGUGAUGGCUGCAGCCAAGCACCCCCGCAUCAGUCAGCUCGUAUCCCUCUGCAGACGCAGGGCUGGAAAGAGCAGGAAUAUUCCUGCUCCUGUAAUGAGAGACCAAGAGUUUUCACGACACCCCUUUUAACUCUGUUCUUUUCAGGUCUCCAUAGUCUCACAGUUCGUGGUGUCUAUUUGCCUGGCCUCCACCUCACCCGCUGUCACCGAGGGAGUGUUUGCAGGUGAAGAUGAACAGUGGGAUUCUCUUCUUGUCCCUCCUUGGCUUCCUCCCAUUCGUGACACCUACAUGCCCUUCGCCAUGCAAGUGUGCCACCAACAUUAUUGACUGUAUGUCAAAAGGCCUAACAGUAACUAAACUACCAGCGGCUUUCCGGCCAUCGGCUGAAAUUAUCAACCUCAGUUACAACAGGCUCACCUCUAUUCCCAGCGGGCUCUUCGAUAACCUGCAGAGCCUCCAAGCCGUGCACUUGCAGGGCAACCCUUGGGAAUGCAACUGUGACAUCCUGUACUUGCGCUCCUGGCUGCAGUGGCAGCAGAACCGAACCUUUUACAGGGAUGUGAGAUGUGCCUCCCCUGCUCAUCUUCAGGGCCGGGUCAUUGCGUAUCUGACAGAAGAUGAGAUCAGCUCCACGUGCCAGUACUGGUACUGCACCCUGGCUUUCUUCUCUCAAGUUGUUCUCAUCGUCCUCCUUUUCCUCCAGGCUGUUUUGGUCAUAUUCAUCAUUAUUUACCUGCAGAGGUUUCGGAGAAUGACUGCUGAAGCGCGGAGCACCACCCGGGACCUCUACCAGCAGCAAGCAGACACCUGGUCCCUGCAGGAGCGAUAGGAGCUGUGAGAGCGAGGGUCCCCCUCAUCGUGUGGUUUAUGAGGGGACUGUUCAGUGCAGCAUCUGAUGCUGACUGCAGCCCGCAGCAGGACCUGGAACUGAUCAGACACUUAUUCUGUUUCCAGGGAGCAGAUCUUACGCUUCUUAAUGCUUUGAACCCCUCAGCACGGUCUUCAUUGCUUUGCUUUUGCUGAAUGGCUGACAGCAGUUCUGUUUGUUCAGCCUAAGGAAACCAUGAGCUGCAGUGAGCAGAACCAGUGCAGCAGCUCUCGAGCAGUGCUGGAAUAUGCCAGCUGUGCAGAACGUCAGCUGUGCUUCCCCUGUGCUUGUGGUCGCUCUGGCUGAGGCUGGGCCCGAGCUGAGCAUUGAGCGGGGGGUGAUGGAGAAACGUCGCUCGGUGCCGCAGCAGCCCUGGAUGAGCGACGUCGGGUUUGUGCUGCUUCAGCCUUCGGCACUAGAACAGAGCGGGACUUUCUUCCUGCCCGCUGUAUCUAUCGUGGCGGCGUUUUUAACCCCCUGCUGCUUUUAAUACUGACUUCAUCGCGUUCCUGCCGAUCUCCCGGCGCGGUGCAGGGCCGGCCUUGAUGCUCCGUGGCGCUGCCCGUCCACCUGCCCGCACCGCCGGUACCGCGCUGCUUUUGUAGCCAGGCAAAUCCGGAAUAAAGUAACGGUGAAUUAUGAUGUCA